AGCAGACCCUUCAUCAUUACAAACUUGUCCUGCGCUUCGAAGAUCUUUGCCCUUUUUCACACUCAAUCUAGGAAUCAUGUGGUCGAGCUCUGGUCGAGAAACAGGACAUUCCUGUGAGUCCGUGACCCCACGCUUUUCUAGUACAAAGCCAAAGAGAAUCUCUCUCUCUCUCUCUGGGUUUUUCAAGGUGAAGACUUUUAUGGCCUUCAGUUUGAGAGCGGAGUGACUGGUUGCGGAUUUCGGAGGUGGGUUUUGGCGGAAUCCGUGUUUGGUGAUGAGAUUUUUGUGAAGCUGUAGAAUGGAGAGAGACUUCUUGGGUUUGGGCUCAAGCGAACCGUCGGGUGUUGUGAAGAAGGAGGAGACGAGCACCGAGGCUUGCGGAGGGUCUGGAUUGAACAAAGUUUCGGGAGCAAGAUGGCCAUUCCUGGAGAAAUUCCAUGCUGUUCCUCAUUUGAAGCUAGAUCUACCGGGACAUGGUCUUGUUUUCACCCCAAAUUCAGGUCUUCUAGGCGCCGCUUCUACAUUGGGAACCACUGAAUCAAGCUAUUGCAGAAAUGCUGCCAAGCCUCACGGGUCUCCUCAGUUGACCAUCUUCUACGCGGGGACCGUGAAAGUUUACGAUGACAUCCCUCCUGAAAAAGUCCAAGCUAUUAUGAUCCUGGCUGGGAAUGGAACUUCUAAAUCUCCUAAGGCAUCGCACUCAAAAUGUUAUGUUCACACGCCUACCACCGGGAAUAUCACUGGCAAUCACGUGGUUCUGACGCAGCCUAUUACACAGCCUUGCUCUGGCCUUUCAAGUCCAUUCUCAGUGGCCUCACUUCCGGCUCCUCAUUUGGGGAGUGGACUCACUAACAAGAAUGGACCAAAGGAAGGUAACACUGAAGGAGUUACUGCUCUGAGCAAAGUGGACAGUCCAAAGAUGGUCGGUGCCAUGAGAUCAAUUGCUGCAACAACCAUGAUGUCGACUGCCAUCCCUCAGUCUCCUAAAGCAUCCUUGACUCGGUUCUUGGAGAAGCGCAAAGAAAGGCUAAGAAAUGCCGCACCAUACAACCUCGGCAAGAGCUUGUCCCUGGAGUGUGCAUCGCCGGACUCCAGUCCCAUGAAGCUCUCUUCUGGUCCUGCUCUGGACAAGCACUGUACUCGGUGAUGCGUAAGGCUUUUAGGAUUUUGAUGUGCUUGAUUUUUCUCGUUUGUGUAAUGAAAUGGGAUGGUAUUGACCUAGUUUGUAAUGUCCCGGUGCAGUCCUUGUACGGCCUAAAUAGUUUAUCAGCGCUGGUGCUUUUUGUAACCUAAUCACGAGAUGAAUAGUCUGUUAAUUCGUGCAACGAAACAAGGUGCUUGAUUUGAAUUACUCGAACGACUCCUGUAAAAUCUUUUCUGAUACAUAUCGGAAUUCUGUGA